AUAAGGGAGUUUUUCCAUGCUAACAAAGCAAGCAAAACAUUGCAGAGAAGCUUGUUACUAGCUUGCUAUUUAACUUUGCAUAAACAGAAAGUUGCAUUCAUGGCGGCUGUGUCUUCAAAAUGGGUUUCUUUUCUUCUACUUUCCUUGUGCAUUGUUCUUCAUUUGAGUGCUAUCACUCUUGGUGACGACAAACUCGACAAAACUAGGUUUGGUGACGAUAACUGUGGGUUUGGUCGAAGAGGCUGUGGUGGUCGGUUUGGUGUUGGUGGAGGCGGUGGUUUUGGUGGGGGAGGUGGAGGUGGAGGUGGUGUUGGUGGUGGGUCAGGUCAUGGUGGAGGCUUUGGAGCUGGAGGUGGUGUAGGUGGCGGGCUCGGAGGCGGUGCUGGAGGAGGUGGAGGUGGAGGCGGCGGCGGAGGUGGAGGUGGUGGAGGUGUGGGUGGCGGUUCAGGUCAUGGAGGGGGCUUCGGGGCAGGAGGCGGUGUAGGUGGUGGUCUUGGAGGUGGUGCUGGUGGAGGAGGAGGUGGUGGAGGCGGAGGAGGGGGUGGUAUUGGUGGUGGUUCGGGAAGUGGCGGGGGCUUUGGAGCUGGAGGCGGUGUAGGUGGUGGCCUUGGAGGUGGUGCUGGUGGAGGCGGUGGGGGAGGAGGGGGUGGUGGAGGCAUAGGUGGAGGAUCAGGCCACGGAGGCGGCUUCGGUGCAGGUGGUGGUGCUGGAGGUGGUUUAGGUGGCGGCAGGGGUGGUGGAGCAGGUGGUGGGUUUGGAGUUGGAAUAGGCGUUGGUGUAGGAGUUGGAGUUGGUGCAGGUGCUGGCCAGGGAUCUGGUAGUGGUUCUGGCCGUGGUAACGAUGGCAGACAUUAA